CGCGCUGCCCACACCUGCAGGAGGCGAAGGAGGGAGAUUUAUCGUUUUGUGAUCCCGUAAGAACAGCGGCCGGGAGUGUGUCUCGUCGUCGUUCCUUGAAGAUGUUGUUCCUCGCCCUCUUGCUCCUGGCGGCUGCGACGACCCACGACGCAUGCGCACUGAAGGGGCCGCCCUUGGAGAGGCCCUACAGAAUCCUCAUGCUUCUCCCCGUGUCCUCGUGGAGCCACAGACACGUCUUCGUGCCCGUUGCCGAGGCCCUGGCGAAUCGUGGGCAUCAGGUGGUGAUGCUGACCAAAUUCGCUCCCUCCCUCGCCCACCCGAACAUCACGGAGCUCACCUACUGGCGCUCCAUCUAUGAGGACCGCCUCGACUUCUUCGAGAUCAGGAAACACCCUCUGGUCUUCCUCGCUCGCUUCCGGUCCGAGCUGUCGUCGAUGGCGCGCGAUCUCUACAACGACACGACGGUCAUGGAACUCUACCGCGCCAGGAGGGACUUCGAUGUGGUGUUCGUCGAUGCGCUGUUCAAUGAGGCACUAUACGCCUUCACCCACGAGAUGCCCCUGAUCACCAUCUCGACCGUAGGGGACAAUUACCAGCACAGCGCCGUCAUGGGGAACUUCUACCACCCUGCUUACGUCCCUACGUUGCUGUGGGAUUUCGCCCGUCCUUGGCACCUCUAUGACAAGGUCUUCAAUGUGUUGUUUCAUGUCAUCAACGCCGGGUUUUGGAGAUUGCUUGUGGUGCCUGCAAUUGAGUACGAGGUCAAGAAGCACUUCCCAGACCUUCCUCCGCUGCUCGAGCUGGAGAGGAACCAGAGCCUCGCCUUCGUCAACUCCCACUUCAGCGUUGACUUGACCUUGCCUCUGCUGCCCUCCCAGGUCCAGAUCGGGGCCAUUCACUGCCAGCCUGCCAAGCCUCUUCCCCAAGACUUGGCAGGGUGGGUCCGCGGCGCCGGCGAGGCAGGGGUGGUGUACGUCAGCCUCGGCUCCAUGGCAAGGGGCGACUCCAUGCCUACCCACCACCGCGACCUCUUCGUCAGGGCCUUCGCGAAGAUGAAGCAAAGGGUCAUCUGGAAGUACGAGGGCGUGGUUCCAGGCGUGUCUGACAACGUGAUGGUGAGGAGGUGGCUUCCCCAGCAGGAUGUUCUCGCUCACCCAAACGUUAAGGUGUUCCUGUCUCACGGCGGCCUCCUGAGUCUGCAGGAGACGAUCUUCCACGCCACGCCCGUCCUGGCCCUUCCCAUCUUCGGAGACCAGCCCAAGGUCGCCGCCCUCAUCCAGAACGAAGGCUAUGGGCGCCGCCUGGAGUGGGAGGAGCUAACAGUCGACCUCCUGGUGGAGACCCUUCAGGAGAUCAUCAGCAACCCGAAGUACCUCGAGCGAGUGACCACAGCCUCCAGGACGCUUCGAGACCAGCCCGAGUCAGCCCAGGACCGCGCCGUCUACUGGACGGAGUACGUCAUUCGGCACGGCGGCGCCCCGCACCUCCGCUCCCCCGUCACCGAGCUCUCCUGGGCCGAGUUCCUGCUCCUCGACGUCCUCCUGGUGCUCGGGCUGGCGGCGAAGGGGGCCCACGUGCUCUACAGGGCCCUCUCGCGGCGGACGUGGCCUCUGCAGGGAAUCAAGUGGAAGCUGGACUGACGGCGACGCGGCUUGUGGGGUGAAUGCUGUCUGUCUGUCUGUGGUUUCCUGUUCUGUGUCUGUCUUGUGUUUCGUUUGCUGCCUGUCUGUCGUCCGACUUGUCUUGAGCUCUCACUACCUCCUCAUAUGCAUACACCAAAUGUUUAUAUUAAGUCGAUUUUAAGGUUAUUUCAUGCUGCAAACCAAAUAAAAGAUAGCAAAUCUACUUCCUAGGAUGGAAACGAAGAAUACAGUUUAGGUGUUCACAAUACCAUAAUUUAUAAAAAUCAAACUGUUGUAGGUAUUAUCAUUUACAUCAAAAAGCAAUCGCUUGUAGAGCCGUUUAAAUGCAUUAAUCUUUAAUAGGUUUACUGAAAUUUCACUUUGGAAAUGUAUUAGUGCAAAGUACAAUCUCUGACGUACAUACUGCCAAUGUUCUUAUACUUUUGGCAGUCGAAUAUAAAGCUUUAUAAUUUCAAAUGAUCUCUCCUAGUGUAACUGACAAAAAAAAAAAAAAAAAAAAAAAAAAAAAAAAAAAAAAAAAAAAAUCCUCUAAGACAAUGGUUUCUAACCUUUUUAUUCACAAACGACUUUAGAAAUUUUGCAUCUCGCCGUUUCAAAGUUACGAUAAAUCUCACUUGAAAUUUGAUCAUAGAGUACAAACAAAAUCUACACCUGAGCCUAAGACAGGAUUUGGAAAUGGGUUUAAUCCUUUAUUGGAAUGAUCAAACUGACUUACAGGAACAUAGGUAGACAUAAAAGAGUUGGACAUAGGUUUUAAUUCCUUAUAUAAUUAUGAUCAAGCUGCCUUAUAAGAUACCCAGAUGAAAAUAGUGAUGGCAGUAGGAUCUAAUUCUUUUAUUUAUGUUUAUCAGUUUGCCUUUUAUAGACGCAGGUAAAAAUUAUCGGCUGGUCAUAGGAAACACUGCUCUGAGAUAUAUAUAAAUCUUACGAGCUUAAAAGCAAAUAGAACUCAUUCAGUAAAAUAACAACGACAACGAACAGUUAAUUCACAGAUGUUUAUUGAAUCAUAAACAUAGUUGUGUUUUAUAUUUUUAUCUUAACUAUCAAGAGAAAAAAAGGAAAAAGGUUUGGAGAUGAUAACGAGCCUAAUGACAAAAAGACGCGGGAGAAGUAAAAUUGUCUCCUGAUUUAUGCUAUUGAAAACAAAACAAACAAAAAGAACUAAAUAAGUCGAAAAACAAUAUUUAAAAAUUCAGUUCAGUUGUCUUUUCCAAAAAAAAAAAAAAAAAACAAUAUAUGUAAAUAGUUUUUUACAUUUUCAAGUACGCAGUCAGUGAAUAAAUAAAUCAACAAAGCAUU